AUGCCGGGUGAGUUCGUGCUUGUUGGAGCGAGUGACCCGUUCAUAUCGCUGGAGAGAUUCUCAAGCUACAGGCGAUUGCUGAGGACUACGGCUUGGGUCCUAAGGUUCAUACGUCGAUGCCGUGGACAACGAGAUGAGCUGGAGAAUUACGGCCUCAAUGUAGCUGAGUGUGAAGCAGCUGAGGACUUGUUAUUCCGUAGAGCACAACGUGAGGCGUUCCCCGAUGAGGUGCAGGCCGCAGAGAAGGACUUGGACGUCGCUAAAGGAAGCGACAUAUGUGGACUGGCGCCAUACCUAGAUGGCAAUGGAAUCCUGCGAGCGUAUGGCAGGAUCGAUGCGGCGCUAUGUAUACCUUACAGCGCCAGGAGGCCAGUGAUCCUCUCCCACCGGCAUGGUCUCACGGAAAUGAUUGUGCGCGACGCCCAUGUGAGGAUGAAGCAUCAAAACGUGGAUGCUACGAUGGCGGAGAUCCGGACCAGGUUCUGGAUUACGAGACUGCGGAGAGUGCUUCGUAAUGUGAUCUCGGGAUGCAGCGAGUGUAAGCUGCACAGAGCACGGCCGAUGCCGCCGAUUAUGGGACCCCUGCCAGAUGAUGGUUUGGACGCUUAUGGCUGGCCGUUUAAGAGCACAGGCCUCGACUACUUUGGGCCGCUGUUAGUGACCGUUGCUCGGCACCAGGAGAAGCGGUGGGUGGCCUUGUUCACGUGCCUGACGACCAGGGCGAUUCAUCUGGAACUGGCACAUGACCUGUCGACUGAUUCCUGCAUACUUGCAAUCAGGAAUUUCAUCUGCCGGUGAGGGCC